GUGACAGCCAUUUAGAAUUCUAGACUCAUCACAAAAGAGAGAGAGUUAUGAGUUUGAUGUUGGUGGACAGUUUGGACACAUGUUAUUAGCAAUUCGAGACAUCCGGAGAAUCUGAAACGAAUUUUAGAUGAUUGUGUGGCGCGGAUUGGUCACGAACUUUUCAGACGAACUUUCUCUGCGGAGAAACUUUUUCUUUAAAAAACAAAAAAAACUCUACUACUUGAAAGAAAUCCAUAAGAACGUCUGUGAACAGGAACUGUGCGCGUUAUAAUAUAGUUGCUACUUUGUAACACAAAUGAAGCGUAGACUGUAGGGAAGUUUACGAAGAGCAUGUUAUUGUCGCUACGCUCGCGAUCCGGUGAAUUGUAGAUGCUUCGGCUCAUUAAAACCAACUGGAGUGAAAGUGUCUAGAGAAAAGUGUUGCCCAAGAUUGAUGACACGCACAGCUGGCGACGGGAGGGGGAGGAGUAUGUGCUUUGGCACUAUAUAAAAUGAGAGUGAAGAGUUGCAGCUCAAAGGAAAAUGUGUUUUUGUUGUUGGUAAACGGCGCAAAUGGAUCGGCCGUAGAGGACUGUUAUUGGUCUGGAACCGGCCCAAUUUGCGAUGGAAAGUGUCGACUUGGCGAGGCAUCCCAACCGAAUAAGAACGAGAGAAUUGGCUGCAUCACUGGCAAGAAAAAAUAUUGUUGUAAGACGGGCACAUCGUUGACCAACGUCACGGAAUCAGCUCCGACACCGCCACGUGAUAAAGAAACAAACACGUCCGUCUUAUCACCAUCGACGAAAGAUGAUUGCUACUGGGUGGGUAAGUCCCCCAACUGCGAAGGAUCUUGCCUCGAAGGUGAUUACAUGGCGAGCACGUCUCGAACAGGCAACGGCUCCACGUGCAUUGUUGGCAAAAAGAAAUAUUGCUGCAAAGGAUCAAGGACUCACUCCAACAGCUCAAUGACGUCCACCGUGUCUGCAAAUGUAUCGAUGGCAACUGCCUCGAAAGAGAAACAAACGCCUCUCCAAAUAACGGACGAUCAAUGCCACUGGGUGGGUGAGCCGCCUCUUUGUUUGGGUUCGUGCAAGUUCGGCGAAUACGUGGCAGCCAAAUCGCCAACAGGCGACGACGCAGGAGAAAAGUGUGCCAGUGGCCAGAAAAAGUAUUGCUGUGUCCGUGCAAAACCAGCGGACGGACAGACUGGCAUAGCAAAGAAAACAGUCAGGGAUAGUCACAAGCAAAGUUACAAUGACGUUGAUGCCGUUUCGAAUUCCAGCAGUCAACCCGUUCAGUCGUGGCUUCGGCCGACACCAAGAGAUUUACCUGUCAAUGCGACUGGCUUCAAACACGGCGUCAACGUCGUCAAAAUUAAACGGAAAUUGGUAUUAGCGACAGCGGAAUCGACGUCCGUCCCAACAUCGACGUCCGUCCCAACAUCGACAACAACAACAGAGACAGCUACGUCUUCGACAACGUCUACUCCAACAACAACGUCGAUAAAGGUCAACGUGGCGAACGUUCCUCUUCCUGACAUUCUGCCAGUGCCAUUAAUGUUCCGUUCACGCCGAGUAUUCAACGUAGAUAUAGAACAGCCGACGUCCAUUAUUCCAUUGUCGACUUCUUUGGCGUCAAUCGACAAACAAAAUGAGACGAUUGCCUUGACGACGACCGUUGGGCCGUCCACAGUUGGACCAUCCACAGUUGGGCCGUCCACAGUUGGUCAAGCCGGGGAAUCAUUACAAGUCAAUCAAUAGAAAACUGUUGUAUUACACGAGAUUGCUGAUUGAAGUUGUUAUUUUUGCGCCAUUUUUGGCAAUGUCAUUAACAUCGACUAUUAAAUCAAUUUUUCUACGUG